GAAGUCGAAACUCCUUUAUCUACAAGUUUUACAAAAAAUAAAGAACUUUAUCUUUCUCCUCCGGUUAUAGCUUUAGAAGAAAUGUUACCGGAUGUAUAUACUGACGAAAAUAUUGGUAAAAUUUAUCGCUUUCCUCCGGAAAUCAUUUCAAAAAUCAAGAUUUUUAAAUUCCCUCCGAUUUUGGAAAGAGAGUUCUCUCCAUUGCCCUACCCUUCCUUAGCAAUUCGUCAAUCAUCAAUUCAAUUAGUCAAUCUUAUUGAAAAUGCUUCACAAAAGUCGAGCGCAGAAACCAGGAUUAUUUUAUCUGGGGAAACGGGUGUAGGAAAAAGUGCAUUAUUGCUUCAAACCGUUAAUUAUUCUUUGGGCAAACCAUGGAUCGUAAUAUAUAUUCCAGAUGCUAUCAAGUUUGUAAAUAGUUCUUAUCCAUAUAUAAAAAAUAAGAUAACAAAUGAAUUCGUUCAGCCUACUUUAGCAGCCGAAUUCUUAAAACAGAUAAAAGCCGUUAAUUUAAAAUUGUUACGAGAUAUAACGUUAACAAGAGAUUAUAAAUUAAAUAAACAUAUAGUAACAAUUAAUUCACCAGUAAUAGAACUUAUAGACAUUGGAAUCAAGGAUACUAGUUGUGCUCCGCAAGCGUUUGAGAUUUUUUUGGAUGAAAUUGGAAAGAAUGUAAAUUAUCCAGUUCUUCUAGCAGUUGAUGUAAUUAAUGCUUUUUACACUGCAACUGAUUAUACCGAUAUUGAUGAUACUUAUCUCGAGCCUGAUAGAUUAUCUCUUUCACGUACAAUAUUGGAUUAUUUUUCUGGAAAACGUGAUUUUACAUAUGGUGCAGUAAUAGGUGCCUUAUCUCAAUGUUAUAAACCAUAUAUUAGUAAACCAUUAAAUAUUGCCCUCGGAUUAGUGACGCCAUCUCCAUGGAAACAUUAUCCACAAAAUCUUUUAAAUUACGCCGUUGGACUACAAAGGUUUGAUGUUCCCAAUUAUUCUCAACCCGAAGCUAAAGGC